GUUUUCACUGUUUUUAGGUUAAGUCAAGUUGAGGUUAUGUUUUCUUAUUUUUUAGAAAAUGAGUUACGAAGUCAGGUAUUCCGAUUCUGCAAAGGGUCGUGGUUUAUUUUCAAAAACAAAACUUCUAUGUGAUACAACCAUCCUAGAAGAGGACCCUCUAGUAUCCUGCCAGUUUCAAUGGAAUGCAGCUUAUCAAUACUUAGCUUGUGAUCAUUGUUUGAGACCUCUAGAAACUGCACAAGAAAAUGCAACUAGAUUAACAGGUAAAAUGGUAGAAUUGCCUCAUCCAGAGUGCUGCUGUACAGAUAAGAGUAGAUUUUCUUCAUGUCCUAGUUGUGGGUUACAGUACUGUUCAACUGAAUGUAGAGAAGAAGCUUACAAUCAGUAUCACCGAAUACUGUGUACUCAGACAACAGAUAAAAACAGUUCUCACCCAUUGGAACAGUUGAAUGAAGCAUGGAAGCAAUUGCACUAUCCCCCUGAAACCAGCACAAUUUUUCUAGUGGUUAGACUCCUAGCUAGGAUUCUUCAGGCCCCAAAUAGGGAAGCUGCUAUUGCACAAACUCUACAAUUUUGUCAUCACACAGUGAAUGAAGAUGCAGAUUUGGCACAUAAACUGUUGGGUGAAAAGUUUGCAGGUCAACUAUCACUGCUUCACAAUUUGCUAGUUGCUGCUGUUCCACAUGAAGGCAUAGAACAAUUUUUAACAUUUGAGGGGUUCCAAAGUCUCUUGGCCCUGAUAGGUACUAAUGGGCAAGGAUUAGGCACUAGUGCUAUAAGUCAGUGGGUCAAAAAUACUGGCACUUUACCUAUUUCCCAGGAAGAGAGAGAAAACUUGGACUCAUUUGUAGACAAUCUUUAUAUACAGAUGGAUUCCAAUGUGGGAGAGUUUUUGAAUAAUGAAGGGGUUGCCCUGUAUGCUCUACAGAGUGCUUGCAAUCACAGUUGCAGUCCUAAUGCUGAGCCCAGAUUUGAGCAUAAUAAUCAUAGGUUAUCUUUGGUGGCAACCAGAGAUAUUGAAGAAGGUGAAGAGAUUUUCAUUAGCUAUCUGGAUGAGUGUAUUUUGGGUAGGUCAAGACAUUCAAGAAGAAAAGAACUUGUCAGCAACUAUCUUUUUGAAUGUCAUUGUUCAAAGUGUGAAGCAGAAGCUGAUGAACCUGAUGUUACCAGUGAAGAAGAUGAUGAUGCAGAAGAAUCAAUGGAGGAUUCAUCUUGAAUUUGAUAUGGGGGUUUUGUACUGAAAAUAAUCUUGAAUAUGAACAAAUUGUUAAUUCAUAUUUGAUAUCCUUUAUAGAUUUUCAUGAUAAUAGAAUAUUCUAAACACAUUUUCAAUCCUCUUCUUAUCCCAUAAUGAUUAAAACAAAGAGAACUUGGUCAGAACCCAUGAAGUAAAUAUCUGUAAAUUAGACAUUUCUUUUAUGAGAUUGAAGGCAUAUAAGUAGAUUAAAAUAUAUUAAAUAUAUCUACAUGAAUAGAACUAUUCAUUCUAUCACAACUCCUGUGUUAGGUACCAGAUUUAUCAGCUUGUUACUGUUUUCUGCCAAGUCAGCUAUGGACACCCUUCCUCUCUGCCUGAUGAACUUUGCUACUGCCUCCAUUUCUUCCUUUGCAACAUA